CUUUUUCUUUUUUUUUCUCUCUCUCUCUCUCUCUGUGUGUGUGUGUGUGUGUGUGUGUGUGUUUUAAUUAUGUAGGUAAGUGUGUAAAGGAGUGUUUACUGUAGGCAAUCAUGUCAUACAGGUGGUGGCGUAGUCCGAUGCGGAAUCCAGACCAUCUCUGUCCGCCUAUCUGUUGACGUUGUUGUCCUCUCCUACUUUUCAUCAACAACAACCACAGCGCAACACCAAUUGCACAAUGCCCAUCCCCAUAAUCCGAAAGGGGGUUGAAGAGGGCCUAUCUUCUAUUCCUUAUGUCUACACAGUCCUCAGAAUCGUACCAUGGGUUCUCCUCGUCGCCGCGCUGAAGUACUGGUUCGGCGGUGCUAGAAAUCGCUCUGAGCGAUUGAUGCACUCCAAAGUCGUUAUGAUUACGGGUGGCACAUCCGGCAUAGGCGCAUCAGUAGCCCACGAACUCGCUCUCCGCGGCGCCCAAGUCAUCCUCCUAACCCAACACUCACCCUCCGACAUCUUCCUCGUCGAAUACGUCGAAGACCUCCGCAAAUCAACAGGUAACCAACUCAUCUACGCCGAGCAAGUCGAUCUCUCCUCGCUAUACUCGAUCCGCACGUUCGCGACGAAAUGGAUCGACAACGCGCCGCCGCGGAGACUGGAUAUGCUUAUUCUGUGUGCGAACACGGUUGUCCCCUCGAAGGGUGAGCGGAAGAUAACUGUGGAUGCGCUGGACGAGGAGUGGCAGGUGAAUUAUCUGGCAAAUUUCCAUCUACUGAGUAUUCUUUCUCCGGCACUGAGGGCGCAGCCGGCGCAUCGCGAUGUGCGGGUCAUUUUCACGACGUGUCCGAGUUAUAUCGGGGCCGAGUUUGAUCUCAGAAAGGCCGUUAUUGAGGAUAAGCCUGCCAAACCUAACAAGAAGCCUAAAACUGUCACUGCUGCCAAAAAGAAGGACAACGGCCUCUUCGCCCUAAGCAAACUCUCCCUCAUGAUCUUUGCUCAGUCCUUCCAAGCUCACCUCAAUACCUACAAACGUCCCGACGGCCAACCCCCAUGUACCCGUGUCAUCACCGUCGACCCAGGCUUCAGCCGCACCCCAGGAACCCGCCGCUGGCUAACCGGCGGCUCCCUUUGGGGCCUCCUCCUCUACCUCCUCACCUGGCCGCUGUGGUGGUUAAUCCUCAAGUCGCCACAGCAGGGCGCGCAGAGUAUUCUGUAUGCGGCUAUGGAGGCGCGGUAUGGGAAGGACCAGGGCGGAUGGAUGAUCAAGGAGUGUCGGGAGGUAGAUUUCUCGCGAAAGGAUGUGAAGGAUGAGCAGCGAGCGAAAGAGUUGUGGGAGUUUAGUGAGAAGCAGAUUGAACUGAGGGAGAAGGAGGGGGCUGUUUUGAGGGCGAUUGAGAAGAAGGAGAGGGAGGAGGAGGAGAAGCGGAAGGCUGAGGACAAGGGGGCUGCUAAGGAUCCGACGCCGGGAUCACGACGGAGUCGCAAGGCGAAAUAAAUUGUAGAUUACGUGAUAAACUAGCAAUCGUUGAUAACUUGCAUCGUCGAGGAAUUGCAUAAUCAAAACAUUGACAUUCUUGUUUCAAGUACUA